CGGGAGCGGCGGCGGCGGAGCCGAGCGGGGUUGCGAGCGAGCGAGCGAGCGCCGCGGCCGCGCCAUGGCCGCCACCGACCUGGAGCGCUUCUCCAACGAAGAGAAGAGGAACCUUGCCCUGGGGGGCCAUGUUGGAUUUGACAGUCUCCCCGAUCAGCUGGUCAGCAAGUCUGUCACGCAAGGCUUCAGCUUCAACAUCCUCUGCGUGGGUGAGACCGGCAUUGGGAAAUCCACCCUAAUGAAUACACUCUUCAACACCACGUUUGAGACGGAGGAAGCCAGUCAUUAUGAGAGCGCAGUUCGCUUGCGGCCGCGGACCUACGACCUGCAAGAGAGCAACGUUCACCUGAAAUUAACAAUUGUGGAUGCGGUUGGAUUUGGAGACCAGAUAAAUAAAGACGAAAGUUACAGGCCGAUUGUUGAGUACAUUGAUACGCAGUUUGAAAACUAUUUACAAGAAGAGCUGAAAAUCCGUCGUUCUCUCUUCAACUAUCAUGACACAAGGAUUCAUGUCUGCCUGUACUUCAUCACUCCAACUGGACACUCGCUCAAGUCCUUGGACCUGGUUACAAUGAAGAAGCUGGAUAGCAAGGUGAACAUCAUCCCAAUCAUUGCCAAAGCAGACACCAUCUCCAAGAGCGAGUUGCACAAGUUUAAGAUAAAGAUAAUGAGCGAGCUGGUCAGUAAUGGUGUGCAGAUCUACCAGUUCCCCACAGAUGACGAAGCUGUUGCUGAGAUCAACUCCGUGAUGAAUGCUCACCUGCCCUUUGCCGUGGUUGGCAGCACGGAGGAGGUGAAAGUUGGGAACAAGCUGGUGAGAGCUCGGCAGUACCCGUGGGGCGUGGUGCAAGUUGAGAAUGAAAGUCACUGUGACUUUGUGAAACUGAGAGAAAUGCUGAUUCGAGUCAACAUGGAAGAUCUUCGGGAGCAGACUCACACCCGCCACUAUGAGCUGUACCGGAGGUGCAAGCUGGAGGAGAUGGGGUUCAAGGACACAGAUCCAGACAGCCAGCCAUUCAGCCUCCAAGAAACGUACGAGACCAAAAGAAAGGAAUUCUUGGGCGAGCUCCAGCGGAAAGAGGAAGAAAUGAGACAAAUGUUUGUUAACAAAGUCAAGGAGACGGAGGCAGAGCUGAAAGAGAAGGAGAGAGAGCUGCAUGAGAAAUUUGAGCAUUUAAAGAGGAUACACCAGGAGGAGAAGAGGAAGGUGGAGGAGAAGAGGAGGGAGCUGGAGGAAGAAAUGAAUGCCUUCAACAGGCGGAAAGUAGCAGUGGAAACCUUGCAGUCCCAAUCUUUGCAGGCUACCUCACAGCAGCCACUGAAGAAGGACAAAGACAAGAAAAAUUAAUCACACACAGACUUUCAGGCCAAGAGUGGACUUGGUACUGUCAUGUGUUGUUGCUUGCGUUUCCCACCUUGUGAUCCUUCUGUCAUAACAGUGUGUGAGUGGACCAAAGUGAAAGAGAAAAUGAGCAUCUUCCAUGGUGGCAGUGUAACGACUUGCUGUUAACUUAUCAGUAGGUUUUAAGGAAGUACACUUACCAUAUAACUUUUUUCUUUUUGUUUAAACAAAGUCAACUAAUCCCAAAAGCGAGGAGAAGUUUUGUUCUAAACCUAGUGAUUAAGUAACUGUGUAUAAAGUGACCAUAACUGUCUGAACUCCUCUUGCCAACAGCUGCAUCCUUGCUUUCUAGAUUACUUUUUACUGGCUAAGGUGAGUGCUUGAGAUGGGGCUCAGCCUUCCCCCCGCCCCGCAUAGACCUUCCCUGUACGUGCACAGUUCUGGGGAGUGGUCUGAGGAAUGCUGAAACGUUUAUUUUUUCUAACAACUUUUGAUUUGAGUGGGUGAAAAACCUCGUGCUUAGAACUUCUGCCCUGGGAAUCAUAGUCCGAGUAACCUUCAUUCCAGCAAUUAUAUAUUUUAAUCCUGAAUUUCUCUAAACACUUUUUGUCAUGUAUAAUAUAUAUAGAGAGAAUGGUUAAUAAAAUUCAUGUGACAAUGUUUUGAUUUUUCUUUACAGCUAAAGUAGAACACUUAAUUAGGAAGAUUUUUCAUAAGUUUGUUGUAUAAUGUGGAACUGCAGGAUUUGUGUAACUUCACUUGUCAUUUACCAGUGUGCUUUACUGUUGUGGAAACACUAUUUAAUCGGUCGUCUUUACCUUUAGAUUGUUCGAAACAAACAAAAAAUGGCAUCUGUAAACAUGUGCCUAACAAGGAGAGUCUCCAGAUAUUGAGAACUAUGCAUGAUAUUUAUGCUGAUGCCCUAUGUUCCUCCUAGAAGGUGUUUUCUUUAAUGCUUUUGUCAUGUAGAGCCAUGUUUUCCUGGGCAGCUGAGCUUGCAGGAAUAAUUAAGAUCAAUAUUACUUUUUUCCACUCAAACCAUUCUGUGGUGAAGCAGGACAAUAACUUGAUAGAGCUUCACUAGCUGUGUUGUUAAGGAAAAAUAGAUAGACCCAAUUUUAUCAGAUAGUAGGCUAAAAGAAAGCAAAUAUAUUAGUGCCCAUAUAGUGUGUUUAUAGUUCAUAAAAACACUGGCUGGCUAAGUGUUAGUUGUGAGUGUGUGCAUUUUUAUUUACUUAUUAAUGUUAUAAGACUUCUCUUUUUAAAUAUUUGUCUUUAAGCUAAUACGUUAGCAAAUUCCUUAUUUGACUUUUAAAUAGAGGUGCACAGCUUUGCAUCUGAGCCUUUACAGGUCUGUUUGAAGGCAGCAUUUUGCUGGAUUAUGAGGUUCUAUAACUUGCAUAUCUCAUUAAAGCAGCUCUUUUUCUUUUCUUUUUUUUAAUAUAUACUCAGGUGUUGAACUGUUUCAUAUGGACAUUAGCCUUUUAUAUGGAUAUACUGAAAAUCAUGUCAGUGUUGCUUGAUACUUGUAUGGAAGAACCUCAUGAAAAUGUCACAGGUACCUUUUAGAACAGACCGUUUUUAAAAGAGUAAAAAAUUAUGCGCACUUAAGAGUCUGCUGAAAGCUGAACACUUAAUUUUUAAGGCUGUGCCUCAAAGCUAGAUAUAUUAUAAAGAGUAAUUGUCAGUUGUUAUGGGAGUUAAUGUGUUCUUCUAAGAGAAGCAUACAAGGAACACAAGGUCCUGUUACGUGCAAGAAGACAAUGCAAAUUCCCCAGGGAAUAAAGCCUGCUCGCGCGGCGAACAAGGAGCCUGAUUUUGAUUCUUACUCAUGAAAAACUCUGGUGCACUAACUGCAUGAGUAAGCAACACUACUUGGUUCCUCGCUGUCCUUCUCACAGGCCAACAUUGCAGAAGGCAGGAAUAAAAUCCCAGGCGAUGAUACUGUGCGUGCAAACGGCUGCCUCGCCAGUCGAGUCUGCAGUCAAUAGCUUUCCCCUGAUCUCAUGCUGCUGCCAGCAACAUCUAUGCAAUUGGUUUCUUUCUGACUUGGCUCAUCAGAGAUUAUUGUUUUUUUUCCCCCACUAGAAUAGCUGGUAGUUAAAAGUAAUGAUAGCCAUGAAAGAGUAAAUUUAAAUUUCAAAAUCCAUGGGCAUUGUGGAGAAAUUUCCAGCUAUUUCUGAUGAAGACAUUCAGAAUGUAUGUAACUAUUUUAAUGAUGACUAUUAUAUAUACGUUGACUUUGUUGUGAUGGAUAUCCUUUUUCCCAUGUAGUUCUUUGUUGACCUUAACUUCAUUAUGGCCACUCAGCUCCUUAGAGCAGUUAACAUCCUAACUUCCCCAACAGGACUGAGCGGGUUUGUUGUUGUUUUUUUUUUGGUUUUUUUUGAUUUUUUUUUUUCCUUAAUUUCUUUAGUACUUGAUUUUUUUCCUUUUGGGCUAAGAUGAGAUGAAAUGUGGUAUAUAGUGUAGUUAUUGUUAUUUUUAUUGUUAUUUAACAAAUUAUGAAUACGUUGUGAUGCUAAUCUCACUACAGUCUGAAGACUUGCGUCUUGUAGGCUAGAAGAAGUGAAAGAGAAACCCUUCAGAAAUAACUGAAGCUGUUUGGUUACACAUCUUCCAACUGUUUUAUACAUGUAUCUGUACAAGGUUGGUACUAAUGGGAAAAACUGUCCAUUUUUUGAAUCAUGUAAACAUUUACCACUGUAUGUUGUCUGCUCUCUGUCAAGGAGCUGGCACGCUUCUCCCACCUGCCACGUCUGCUGCCUCUGCCAUUCGCAAUGUGCUGGGGUUUUUGUUGUCGUUGGGUUUUUUUUGACUUUCAGUUCUUUCCACUCACUUUGUACUUUUUUUCUUUUAUUAAAUCUCACAUUUAUUUUGA